AGGUGUUCAAGCAACCUGGCCACAUAGGCAGGGUUUCACUGUGUAACUCUGGCAGGCAUGGAACUUGCUAUGCAGAUCAGACUGUUCCUGAACUUAACAGAAAUCUGUAUAUUUCUACCCUCCAAUGCUGGGAUGAAAGAUAGGAACGAAGCAACAAAGUGAUAUUCUGCUCUACUCAUAGCUCAGCCAUCGCUGGAGAAGCCUCCUCCUACAACAGAUGGGGAUGAAUACAGCUGGACAAGAUUGAGAAGAAGCUGGAGCCGCUAGCACCAGAUGAAGACCAUCAUGAAGACCUGACGCAGAGCCGCCGCCCACUCACAGGCUGCACCAUUUUCUUAGGCUACACAUCCAACCUAAUCAGUUCGGGCAUCCGUGAGACCAUUCGCUAUCUCGUGCAGCACAACAUGGUGGAUGUACUGGUGACUACUGCUGGAGGCGUGGAAGAAGACCUCAUCAAGUGUCUGGCACCCACAUAUCUUGGCGAGUUCAGCCUCAGUGGGAAGGAGCUCCGAGAGAAUGGGAUCAACAGGAUUGGGAACCUGCUGGUUCCGAACGAUAAUUACUGCAAGUUUGAGGACUGGCUCAUGCCCAUUUUGGACCAGAUGGUGCUGGAGCAGAACACAGAGGGUGUGAAGUGGACACCUUCCAAGAUGAUCUCCCGGCUCGGCAAGGAGAUUAACAACCCAGAGUCUGUGUAUUAUUGGGCCCAUAAGAACCACAUUCCUGUGCUGAGCCCUGCACUCACAGAUGGCUCACUGGGUGACAUGAUCUUCUUCCAUUCCUACAAAAACCCAGGCUUAGUUCUGGACAUUGUUGAAGACCUGAGACUCAUCAACAUGCAGGCCAUUUUUGCCAAGCGCUCUGGCAUGAUCAUCCUGGGUGGAAGUAUGGUCAAGCACCACAUCGCCAACGCUAACCUUAUGCGGAAUGGGGCUGACUACGCUGUCUAUAUCAACACAGCCCAGGAGUUUGAUGGUUCAGACUCAGGAGCCCGGCCAGAUGAGGCUGUCUCUUGGGGCAAGAUCCAGAUGGAUGCACAGCCAGUAAAGGUCUAUGCUGAUGCUUCUCUGGUCUUCCCCCUGCUGGUGGCUAAGACAUUCGCCCAAAAGGCAGAUGCCUUCACAGUUGAGAAGAAUGAGGACUAGACUAGAAGAUUGGUAAAGACUGGGGUUCUUGCCAUGCCUUUAUUUAUUAACUUUACACACCAGCCCCUCCUUGGGCCCGCCCACUCCUUAGUCAGCAGUGUCUCUAGAAUAAACGGUCUUUGUUGGGUC